UGUAGCAACUGACCUCCUAGGAGCGCCUGCUUGCACCUUGGUGAGCUUUGGGUUGAAGUGAGGACUGGGGCUGAGACAGGCACCCUCAGCUGAAGGAGGCACAGGAUCUGUGAAUUGUCAUGGAGGCAGCAAAAUGGGGCAGCAUUUGGCUGGGGCGUCAGACAAUCCCGGAUUCCAAUCCUGGCUCUGCCGAUUCCCAGCUGUGUGACCUGGCAGUUACUUGACCUUGGCGAGCCUCCGUUUCUUCUCUUUGGAAUGGGGAGGAUGUUAGAAUGCUCACUUCUAGGAGCCGCUGCGAGAACCGAAGGGGACCUGUAAAGGCACUCAGCCCGCAAUCAGCACUCAAAGGACGCUGUGAUUACUGGUGUCAGUGUUGUCAACGCUUUUGCGAAGGCUCUCGGGGCCAGGGUCCCAGGCCCGCGCAUGCGCACGCGCACCCCGCUGGCCAGGUUCACAAUAAAGGUGCUAAGAAGGAGAAUGUAAGACAGGAAAAUAAUUAAAUAUUUUUACUGAGUGCAUGAGAGUUCCAUGUGCUCUACAUCCUUGUCAACACUUGGUGUGGUCAGUCUAAAAUUUUAAUUUUAGCCGCUCUUAAAGUCUCUUUAACAGGCCACUUUUAAGAGGAGGUGUCUUGUAUACCCUGUGGAGCACAAUGGAUCAUUCAGGGGCAAUAGACACCGAGGAUGAAUUGGGAUCUUUAGCCCAUCUUGCUCCAAGUCCUCAAAGUGAAGCUGUUGCUCAUGAAUUCCAGGAACUCUCCUUGCAGUCCAGUCAACACUUACCCCCUCUGAAUGAAAGGAAGAAUGUGCUCCAGCUGAGGCUGCAACAAAGAAGGACGAGAGAACAACUAGUGGACCAGGGCAUCAUGCCACCUUUGAAGAGCCCAGCGGCAUUCCAUGAACAGAUAAAAAGCUUGGAACGAGCCAGAACUGAAAACUUUUUGAAGCACAAGAUUCGGAGCCGACCAGAUCGUUCUGAACUUGUCAGGAUGCACAUUUUAGAAGAAACAUUUGCGGAGCCAUCCCUGCAGGCUACUCAGAUGAAGUUGAAAAGAGCUCGACUAGCCGAUGAUCUGAAUGAAAAGAUUGCUCAAAGACCUGGUCCUAUGGAACUGGUAGAGAAAAACAUCCUUCCUGUGGACUCCAGCGUUAAGGAAGCAAUUAUAGGCGUUGGGAAGGAGGGCUAUCCCCAAACUCAGGGUGAUUUCUCAUUUGAUGAAGACAGCAGUGACGCCUUGUCUCCGGACCAGCCAGCUAGCCAGGAGUCACAGGGGUCGGCCGCAUCCCCAAGUGAGCCAAAAGUCAGUGAAUCGCCAUCUCCUGUGACCACGAACACUCCAGCCCAGUUUACUUCAGUGUCCCCAGCAGUUCCUGAAUUCUUGAAAACUCCUCCUGCGGAUCAGCCUCCCACGAGGUCCACAGCUCCUGCCCUCCCCACAAGCACUGUGUCCUCAGCAAAGCCUGGGCCAACACUGGUAAAGCAAAGCCAUCCCAAGAAUCCAAACGACAAACACCGUAGCAAAAAGUGCAAAGAUCCCAAACCACGGGUAAAGAAGUUGAAGUACCACCAAUACAUUCCACCGGAUCAGAAAGGUGAGAAGAACGAGCCGCAAAUGGACUCCAACUAUGCCCGCCUCCUCCAGCAACAGCAACUGUUCCUGCAGCUGCAGAUCCUGAGCCAACAGCAGCAACACUACAACUACCAGACUAUCCUGCCUGCUCCACUCAAGCCACACAAUGACAAAAGUAACAACAGUGGGAAUUCAGCUUUGAACAGUACCACACCUAACACACCAAGACAGAACACAUCUGCUCCUGUGAGGAAGCCAGGACCACUGCCUCCUAGCUUGGAUGAGUUAAAGGUAUCGGAACUCAAGACAGAACUGAAGUUAAGGGGUCUGCCAGUAUCGGGCACCAAACCCAACCUCAUCGAACGCCUGAAACCCUACCAGGAGUUGAACAGCAGUGGCCUUGCUGCAGGUGGCAUUAUGGCAGUGUCAACCUCUGCCAUCAUCACCAGUAACCCAGAAGUCACCAUGGCCUUGCCAGUUACAACACUACAUAAUGCUGUGACUAGCUCAGUCUCCACUUUCAAGACAGAAUUGUCAUCUGCUGGAACCAGCAACUUGGCCCCUGCUGACAGUGUUAAUUCUCCUCUGCCAGUCUCGCCGUCUCCCUCUGAACAGUCCAGUCUUGGUACCGAUGACACAAACGUGGCAGACACUUUCACUGAGAUUAUGACCAUGAUGUCUCCUUCACAGUUCUUGUGUUCAUCUCCUUUGAGAAUGACAAAGACUGAAGACAGCUUAAGUCCCACCAGCAGCACUCUGUCUAGUCUGGAACUGGAUGCAGCAGAAAAGGAUCGCAAACUCCAGGAGAAAGAGAAGCAGAUCGAAGAGCUAAAGAGGAAACUGGAACAAGAGCAGAAGCUUGUGGAAGUACUGAAAAUGCAACUUGAGGUUGAAAAACGGGGCCAGCAGCAGCGGCCACUGGAACCCCAGCCUAGCACUCCAGCUAAUUCUGCCAAGAAGUUAGAUCAAAAACAUGGCAACAUUGGUUCCACUGUCAAAGAUGAGACUUCGCUCACUGACUGCUCCAGCUCAAGGCAACCCAUCCCUGUAGCCAGCCAUUCUGUAGGCCAGCCUGUCCCUACAGGCAGCCAGACCCUUGUUGCCAAAAAGGCUGUAGUUAUCAAGCAAGAGGUACCUGUGGCUCAAGCAGAGCAGCAGAGCAUCGUCUCACAGUUUUAUGUGAGUUCCCAGGGACAGCCGCCACCUGCCGUUGUUGCUCAGCCUCAGGCUUUACUGACCACGCAAACUGCUCAGCUGCUGCUCCCCGUGUCCAUCCAGGGCUCAAAUGUCACUUCAAUGCAGCUCCCUGUAGGCAGCCUCAAGCUCCAGACUCCACCACAAGCAGGCAUCCAGACUCAGCCUCAGAUAGCAACUCCUGCACAGCUGUCACCUGCUCCUGCCCUGUCCUCAGGCCUGGCCCAGACCAUACCUCAGAAACAAGACACUUUGACGCAGCAUGUUCUCAGUCAGCCUCAACAAGGCAGAAAGAUUUUCACAAACUCAGCAUCAAAUACAGUCCCGUAUCAGAGACCACCUGCUCCAGCAAUCCAGCAGCCAUUUAUUAAUAAGACAUCCAACAGCAUUCUUCAGUCCAGAAAUGCUCCGCUUCCAUCAGUGCAAAAUGGACCCAAUACUCCCAACAAGCACUCGCUGUUUGGUAGCCCAGUCACCAAAACAAAAGACCCUCCCCGCUACGAGGAGGCCAUCAAGCAGACUCGCAGCGCACAGUCUUCCCUUCCAGAGAUUUCCAGUGCACACAGUCAGCAGAUGGACGACCUCUUCGAUAUCCUCAUUAAGAGUGGAGAGAUUUCCCUCCCUAUAAAAGAAGAGCCAUCUCCUAUUUCCAAAAUGAGACCAGUAACAGCCAGUAUCACUACAAUGCCAGUUAAUACAGUCGUGUCCCGGCCACCACCCCAAGUCCAAAUGGCGCCACCUCUAGCCUUAGAACCUAUGAGCAGUUUAGCUGCCAGCUUAGAGAGCCAACUAGAAGCCUUCUUGGAUGGAACUUUACCUUCAGCCAAUGAAAUUGCUCCACUGCAAAGCAGCAGUGAAGAGAGAGAGUCCUUCUCUCUGAUCGAGGAUCUCCAGAAUGAUCUGCUGAGUCACUCAAGCGUUCUGGACCAUUCACACUCACCCAUGGAAACUUCCGAGGCCCAGUUUGCUGCAACUACUUCCUGUCUGUCACUUGACCUUUCUGACACAAACUUGGACAACAUGGAGUGGUUAGACAUUACUAUGCCUAACCCGUCAUCAGGACUCACUCCUCUCAGCGCCACUGCUCCAAGUAUGUUUUCUGCUGACUUUCUAGAUCCACAAGACCUACCGUUGCCAUGGGACUAAGGUCACAGAUUUCUGGGCUCAGAGUUCAGGAGGUUUAAGAACAUGAAAAUGAUUCUAAAAGGUCCAUAUUUAGAGAUAGAUCCACAGUUGCAUUGUUGCAAUUAAAAUAGGUUGCCACAGAAAGAAUGGAUAGAAGGCCAUAGCAUGGAAACCAAGUCUGAAAACCUUUCAUUGCAUUCCGCAGUGAAUUUCUAUCAUUUAUAUAUAGCACAGGGCCUUUUGAAAAAUACACUAGUCAAGAAAGACUCAUCUUUUGCUCCAGACUUCAGUAAAGAAUGAAAAAACUUUUAGAUAAAAAUGUAAAGAAGAGUAAUGUAUGCAGGAAAAUGCCAUUAGGAUUCUCUGGUGAUCAACUACAUUUAAACCUCUGUGGUCACUUUAAGACCCUAAACAAAAGGCAGACAGCUCCACUGAAGAAGUGAGGCCGAUGGGAGGGAGGUUAAGAUCAUUAUCCUUCGUGUUGCCUAAAGGUGGCCUGAGCCGAGUGCAUGCCACAGUGGGGAGCACUGGCCAUUUGGGGGAAGUGACACUUGUAGCUGAAGACUUUUGGUUCCAUCCAGAAGCCUAUGUAAUUUUUUUGUGUUGUAGUUUAUUUUGUGAUUUUGGGAAUCUUACUUUAGAUUUCCAAAUUUAAAUUUAAAUGGAAGAUAUUUCAAUAUAACCAGAAGAUAUCUAUAAAAUAGUCAUAAACAAUCAACUGUAAAAUGUCCAGGUAUACUGAUUAACACUGAAGAUUCUACGAGCAACCCUUUGGGUUGAUUAUAUUGAUUUUAAUGUGUAUAUUUGACAUUUGUAUAUACACUCUGACCUUGUGAUUUGUACAGCCUACAUUGGAGUAAGGAAAUAGGUAUCCAAUGAUCCUACUUCUUUUAAUAAUUUGAAUAAUUAUUCUAGAGUACUUGAGCCACAUGUAUUUCUGUAUUUAAAGAAUUGUUGACUAAUUUUCAGGUAACCAGACCCAUCUCAAAGAAUCAAGAAAAGGCUUUAGCCCAAAAUUCUGUCUGAGCUGGUGAGUUGCAAUAGAAGACAGGGGGAAAGCCUGACACUAGGACUUUCCCAGGUGUUGCAGAUUCGACAGUGCCCCAGGCCAGCCUCCAGAGCCCAGGCCUGGCUAUCCCUCUUCUCUGCAGCUAAUCCCUGGUUAUUGUUUUACAGGCUUGUAACUGGAUGGCACACCUGAGCUCUCAUUUUAUUAUCAAGCCUGAGAUUGAAAAACUGGAGGUUUUAUUAGUUUUAUAUAUAGAAAAAAAGUUACUACAUAUUUUACCAUGUAGUUUCUUCAGAAUUUUCUAAAAUGCCAACUAUUAUGGGAUGUCCGAAAUUAAUUCAAGGUAUUUAAGUAUAUGACAAAAUGUAAAUAACCAAAAAAAAAUCCCUAAAAUCUACCACAACCACAAAAGGCUGGGAAUUUCUAUUAAAUAAUAUUAUGUGCCCUCCACCUCACCCUUGUGUAAAUCCUAGGGUCAGGUUGGUUGAUUUCCGUGGUUCCUUUAAUGAUGACUGUUCUCCUCGUGAUAUGCAGGAAGGUAGCCUGACCCAUAAUUUGGAAAGAAUUUGUGAAUCAUUUCUGGGGUUGUGUUUUGCCUAAGUGCUGAUCUUAUCUCAGUUGUUUUUGUUUGUUUGUUUCUGUCCACCACCACCCCUAACCCCUGGGUAUAAAUUUUAUUCCGUGUAAGAAAGUCUGGUUUUCCAGCAUUCAGUCAACCAGAACACUGGAGCCCUCUGUUAACUGGCACUUCCUAACUUGAAAGCUCUAAAAGUGCUGACAUGCCUUCUGCAUCAUUCGAGGCUGUGAGACUAGUGUUUGCCUUUAGAAAUUGUUAGUCCAGUGUAUGAGAUACAGUAACUUUCUGUUAACCAGAACCAUCAUCAUCUGACCAAACCCAACAAGAGUUUCCUGUAUUGAAUGUGAUGAGAAUCCUUGGGUCAGGUUCCAUGGAGAGAGAAGGGGUCUCACUCCAGGGCAGGGGUGUUUACUUAAGAAGGUACUUUCUUAUGGGAGGUCUUGGUCUUGGGUUUUCUGCUGAGGAUUCUUUUCUGGGGUUUCUCAUGUCCAUACUUAAACUCUGAGCAUCAUCUUCAUUCAGAUCUGAAUGGCUUAUUAGUUAUUAGUGGGAAUGUAGCAGGUAGUUGAACAACUAGUGCUGUUAAAUCUUGUUGAGUAACUUACAUCUCCAUGGUCCUGGGUUGUAUACACAUAUAGUUUUCUAGCCCUUAGGUCCCUUUAUUGCUUUUUAAAAAGGGUUGAAACUUGUCACAGGAAGGUUGCUCUCCAAAAAUACCCAAUGCAGUGCAAAGAAUAUUAUCUCAUUGGCCUGUUCUCUUUUGGCUAUGAAUUGCUAAUGUGCCCACUUCACCUAUAUGCUCAGUCCUUUAUGUACCAAUAUUUAAUUUUUAAAAAGGCAAAGAGUCUUGAAUUAUUAGUUCUAUAAGCCAUCCCACUUGCACCAUUCCACUUGGCCUCCGCUCAGGGCUUGGGAAGCAAGCCAGGCAUCUGUGACAAAAGUGCUGCUCUCCAGGAUAUUACCUACAUGUUCCAGUUUGGAGUGAAUAUACUGAGAAUGUGCAGCCUGUGAUAUGACCAAAGAUGAUACUCUAUAGUCAAGGCCCCUUUGACCUGACUCAGUGUAUAUAAUCGUAACUGUAUGUUUACUAAAGAAAACUAUUGUCGUCUGAGGUUGGUUUCACAGCCAUUGAAGCACAGGUCAAAACAGCCUGGUUGAACUUUCAAUAUGCAUGUGAGUAGUUUAGAAGUGGUACUGUUGUAUAUCAUAUCGUAGAAUCAUACAUUGCCAAGAAAAUAACUCCUAGAAAUGUACUCUCAUAUCCAAGGCUUAUUUUCAUAUAUAUUCUGGAAACACAGUAGUAUCAUCCUAAACUUUCUACUAUAUAUAGGUAUCAAAUCAUGUUAUUGGGGGUGGGGUGGAUAAGAAGAGAUAUACCAAAGCUUCUCUAAAGCCUUGGAAGUCUAGGAGUAUGUGGUCCUCUUGUACAUUUCAGCAAAGCACCUACUAGGAAACCUCUUAGGACAGUGUUCUGAGUCUUGUGUUUUUCCUGAAAUGCGCAAUCUACUGUAUAGUAUUUGCCACUUAUUUGUACAAUGAUGUGUUCUAGGUUCUUGGAAUUUCUUGCUCAGAUACUCUUGUGUUUGUUUUAUAUGGAUAUUUUUGUAAUACUAAAGAGAUCUUAUUUUAAAAUGCAUGGUUCUGUGAUCAGCACCAUGACACUUUUUGAGUUUUUAACUCUAGUUUAAGAACAGUGGCAAAGACGGUCUGGUGUUGACUCCAAGCUGCUACCUACCGAAGGUAAAGUCAUGGCCAUAAAAUAGUGCAACCAGAGUGUGCAGUCAGCAGACAGUGAGUGAUGGAUGAGAAGCUUAUUCCCCACUUUGUCACCAAAGCUGACUCAGGCUGUCACCCUCGGCCCAGAUCAUCCUAGGCAGCACAGCUUUCUUCAGAAUUCCCAGACUGAAGCCAGCACAACAGCUGACAAAACAGAAACAGCUGACAGACCCUUUACUGUCCUCAGAUGGACUUGGCCUUAGAGAAGUGGUAAAGCACUUUGGCAGGUUUGAAAAUAUUUGCAAGAAGCCUACAUUUUAGUUCAUAUCCUCCCGCCGUGUCAGUGGGCCCACACAGGUUAGCUCACUGACCCUUCUGGCCGUCAGUAUAGUAGGGAUCUCAUGGCACCCUCGGGGACUUUUUAGAGAAAUUUUAGAAUUGCUAUUCAGUGUUUGCAGCAGAGCAACACAGUUCAGUUUAAACAUGUUCAUGGGUAACCCUCCAUUUUUUGCCACCCCACUGCCAACAUGAAUGUGGAAUAUUGGCAACAGCACACGUUGUCCUACUGCCCUGGAGACCACGGAGCACGUCCAGUCACCAAAGAAUGUUAACUGGAAGGUCAGGUUUAUCACGAACAUGCUUACAAGUGCAUACAUGUGUAUUUGGAGAGCAUCCUAACUGCAUUCCAGCAAAUACUUUAAGUGAUUUCAGUCAAAACUGGAAAAUAACAAUAUGUAUUUUUUUUUUCCGGGUUCAAACCUCAAUAACUUGCUCAUUCAGCAAUCUUUCUAGGCUAUGGGCUAUGUUAAUUUGUAAAGUGACUCAGUCUGCAUGGUAAUAAGCAGGUCCACAUAUUUUUCCCAUUCACCCUUUCUUGCAGUAUCUGAGGAAACAAAUGCCUCAUUGCAAACGGUUUCUACCUGAAAUCUUUAAUACGUGGCCUGUAAUUCAAAAAGUUGCACAUGUUUACAAAAGAGCUCUUAUGCUCCAUGGAAACACAUUGCUUUUGUGAAUCAUUAUUGGGAAAGGUCACAAUCUAAUUGUCACGAGGUGGCAAUCUCAGAUCUAAAAGGUGCUGUCUUCAGUCAAAUGAAACCUGUCAUUGGAGAUAACAACACAGCUGUAGUGUUUAACAGAGCUUAAGCCAACUACUAAGAUAAGGCUUUGACACAAAGUUUAUAGAAUCACAGAAACUCAUUACAGUUACCUCUCUACAUUAUCCUAUGAGAAAACGUGUUAAUUUGAUACGAGUAGGAGGAGGCGUUUAGGAAAGGGUUUAGGAUCUACCAGAAGUACUUAACCUCAACUAACCAAUAGUAAUGCAGACUUGCUUUAAAGAACCAAAGGCACUGCCAAAUAUUUGCCAAAAGGAGGCCCUUUCUAUUUAAAAUGUGAGACUAAUGAGAUCUCAAAGUUCAGUCCCAAAAAGGUAUUAUAUACAUUUAAAGUUAUAAUUUUCACAGAGAUGUAGAUAUUUCUCUAUUGUUUUCCUGUAAAAUAGUAUAGAUUUUCUUUGUUGGUUUAAGGCCAAUACACAAUAGUAAUGCAAAGUUUUUUCCUUUCUACAUAGAAAUUAGUUUUCUUGCUUGCAGUAGAAAUGCUGAACGUGAUAGGUGUUUCUCUUCUUAUUUUCAUUUGUCACAUUAUGUCUUAGCAUCUCACUUUAUGAAAAAAAGGAGAAAGAUACCAAUCCACAGAGCCCUGCUCUCUGAAACACUCGUUCACUAAACAAAACCUUAUGGCAGUCGGGGGUCCCUUCAUGUCUUGCCUUGAUGUUUUAUGAAAAGAAAAACCAUGAUGCCUUUGUAUUUGCUGUUUGCACCCCUGAAGUCAAUUCCAUAUCAUGUUUGAAUGCCAUACAUUUUGCACAUGUACUGUACAUAGGUAAUGCAUACUGUAUUUUUAUAUGUGUACACAUUUAUCAUCAGAUCUUUUGUACAUAGUGGCAGUAUUGUAGCUGAUCGGGAUAUGUUUGAUAUGUCAGCAAUUUUGCAUUUUUGUGUCUCAAAUAAAAAACAUUUUGACAUACCAUGA